GAGAAACGACUAUUCAUUAUGCUUUGUAUAUCUACUACCAAGUAUAUCUGAACUCUCCACGUUAAGCUCAAGAUCUACCGUCCGUCUCCUUUCCUCUGAAAUAACUAAGCCCCGUCUUUUAGCCACCCCCACUACGAUCUCGUAUCGUCCGAGGACCGAAUCCCGUAAGUGAAGCGGGAAGGUAUUCCGGACACGCUUUCUAACCGUCAGGCAAAGUGGAGCUCGUGGUUUGGGUGAAUAUAGAGGCUCGGCCAUAACAAAGCUAAGAUGUGACAUGUCCAACUAAGAUCCAGUUUUGACAGAUUUCAUCUCUGACCCAAACAUUCCAUUGAUUGAAUAUCCUUUGACUACCUAUUAACACUGCACUUCUACAUCACCAUCUAAUCAUGGAGGCCAUUGACCUUGUUGAAAAUGAAUCUAAGAUGCUGAACGGGGAGCUCUAUCAUGCGUUCGUGCCAAACCUCACUGAAAAGCGAAAUAGAUGUCAUUGGGCUUGCAAAAGAUUCAACAAUGCCGGUGACGCCCCAAGAAGAAAGCUGGUGGAGAUGUGGAAAGAUAUCAUCGAUGAUAAGACUCCUCUUCCUCCAGUGGGAGCCACAGAUGAAGAAGAAUCACAUAUCCUAAGAGAUGAACCAUAUAUUGAUGGCCCAAUCAAUGUAGACUAUGGAACUCAUCUGAGGAUUGGUAAAGGAGUUUACAUCAACUUCAACUGUGUAUUCCUUGAUACCUGCUUGAUCACGAUAGGAGCUCGUACUCUAAUUGGGCCAGGCUGUUCAUUCUAUGCUGCCACGCAUCCAUUAGAUCCUUUCCUUCGCAAUGGUAUUAAUGGCCCGGAGCUUGGGGCACCCAUAACAAUUGGAGAAGACUGCUGGUUUGGAGGCAAUGUUACGGUUUGCCCUGGAGUAACCAUCGGUCGAGGUUGUACCAUGGGUGCUGGGAGUGUUGUGACGAAAGAUGUUCCCGAUUUCCAUGUCGUAGCUGGUAAUCCAGCGAAAAUCAUCAAAAAGAUCGAGCCGAAAGAACCAGAUCCAAAUCUCAUGUCCUGAUUGCUCAGAGAUGAAUAAAGCUCCAGCUCAUUUUUACUUUCA